CUCUAUUUUCCUUCGUUUUAUAGUUUCUGGACUAAGACUAUGGCAGACUGCCAGGGUAAAUAUUCCACAUAUUCUAUUAUUAUUAAAAAUAAAUUAUUUAUAUUAAUAUAUUAUCUUUUAAAUUCAAUAUAAACGUUUCUAGCGCAUACUCAGUAAGCCUUUUAUCUAAGUUACCAAUCCAUAAUUUCUUCUCAGAAGUUGAUUUCGUAGAUGUUGCCAUGAAAAAUUUAAAAAAAUAAAAUAUUUCUAUACACAAAAAUAUACAUUCUUUUCCGCCAUAUUGUUUAACCACUUUAUCGAACCCAGUCCACCAAGAACACGAAAUCCAAUAUGGCGGACAAAAAUCACGAGAAAAGGCGAGAAAAAGUUACAAAUGAAGUUAGUUUGGACAGAAAUCGCGAACGAUCAAGAAGUACGGCAGAGGAUGAGCAUAGGAAGGUAUUUGGCUGGCUUUUGGUUAUAACUAUAGCUUUAUAUAAUGAUUUUUUGUAUCAUCAAUGUGUGUUUAAUGAUGCGGUUCAACGACGAGAAACUGCCCAGUUGUAUAUAUUGUAUGCCUUUUGCAGAAAUCAAAGCGAAAAACGGAAAAAAGGAAAUCACGAAAGAGGUCACAGAGUGAAUCUGAUACAGAUAGGUAAUCUGUAUAAUAAUUGUAUAAGCCAUAAGGCAUUGACCAUUGACCCAUUGUGGAGAGAGAGACAGAGAGUAGAUCAGUGACGUUCAACUACUUCUACAGUUCUACGAUCCGAGUUUUAUAAUUGCGUUUAUAGAGUUUUUCAUCUUUAUGGACCCCAGACGAGAAUUAAAAUAUUCAUGCUCAACUUAGUCUAUGCCGAAAAUUUCACGUUAGAGAGUUUGAGCAAGACAACGAAGUCGAACGACGACGACGUGGUUGACAAUUUUUGCCUGUCUUGCACAUUACUUUGUGCAUUCUGAGUUUAGGGUCAGGAGUGAAGACAGGUUAGAGAUUCAUGUCUAGCUGUUUGUGAAUGCUGACCCAAAUCCUUACCCUGAUCAGGAUAAAACAGCGAGACAUGAAUCCAUAUCCCGUCUUCGUCUUCUGCCUUCGUUCACAACGAAUAUUUUGGCAAAAUUCGUUGUGAACUUCGUUCUGCACGAAGGCAGAAGGACAAUGACGGGAUAUAGUUUCAUGUCUCGCUGUUUUUUUCUGGAUCAGGGCAAGAAUUAUGGUCAGUGACAGCGACACAUGGGAAGACACGUUGUGCAACCACCAGUGACGUCCAACUCAGUAUGCGCAAGAUAACGUACAGACGGCAAAAAUUGUCAAGUAUGCCUUCGUCUUCGUACUUCGUUGUCUUGCUCAAACCUCUGUUCUAUGUUUCACUGCAGCGGCAAAUUCCAGUCAAAUUUAAUUAUGCCUUAUGGGAAAAACAACAUUUUUAAAACGCCUUAAAUGUUUUAAAUCGCGCCUUUGCCGGAAUGUCCAAAGGCCUCCAAACAACGUGAAAUUUCCGAUGUAGAUUGAUUUAAGCAUGGAGACAUCAAUCUCGAGGUCCAUCUUUGAUAAAGAUCUGCAGAUAAACGAAACGAAUAUUUGAUGACGUCAACUCGUAUUGGAGAAUAUACAUUAGCAGCGCUCAGAAGGAAUUAAUUCUUUUAUUAUGAUAUAUUUUGAUGUUUCAGUUCAUCAUCCACUUCCUCAAGUGAUUCUGAACAGAGAAAGAAAAGAAAGAAAAAUCAUCAAAAAAGAUCGAGUAGUUCAGGAAGUUUAUCAUCAGAUAGUGAUGAUAAACAUUGCAAGUCUAAACAUACGAGGACGAAGAAACGACAUAUUAAGAGGAGUGCGAGCAGUUCAUCAUCUGAUGAUGAAAAACAUUCAAAAUCUAAACAUAAGCAAAAGAAGAAAAAACUUAAGGUAUAGAAGAUAUUAAACUUCUUCUAUAAAGGCCUAAAGCUUUUAGAGACUUGCUUUAAGUUGCCACCAAUUUGUCCUCAAAUUUUCUGAAAUCACCUUAAGUCGCUACAACUUAAAGGAUUUUAGGAUCUGAAGUAGGCAUAAUAGUUGAUAAUACCAGUAUGCAUGCAAGUUAUCCAAGAUUGUGAGUUAAACGAUUACUUUACUCUUAUAAAGCUAACGCCUGAUCGCAGGUUAUUAAAGAUAAAGUAUACAUAAGAACGGCCAACCUUAAAGAAAUUGAUAUGCAUAAAAUUCCAUGCACAUUCUGGCGGCUCAAUAGUGUGGGUGUUAUUUUAUUUUCAUUUUUUCAGAAGAAAUCAAAGUUGAAAAAGAAGGCAAAACACCAAGGAGUGGUCGAUCAGAACAAAUAUGGCGCGUACGGAAUACUUCGAGAGAGCGAUAUAUUUGUCAAACAACAGGAAUUUUACUGUUGGCUUCAAGAGGUUAAAAAUGUCAAUUCAGAGACAUUACCAAAAUUUGAAACAAGAAAAAUGUUCGAGAAUUACAUGGAAGAUUAUAAUACGGCUACUUUACCACAUAAGAAGUACGUUUGUAUUUACUGUGUUUGGGAAAACUUUGAAAAUGGAAUUUUUUCAGUGCUUAAAAAUGCGCGUCCCCUCGUGCGCGUUCAUACAAAAGCGUUUCCACAUGUAUAGCGUCAAACGAUUCGGAAGUACAAAGCAAAAUAUUUUUGAGUUCAUGUUGCCUAUCAUUUGGCACGAAUCUUCCUUAUUUCUAAAACAAAACAAGGAGUCGCGUAGAUGCAAGUAAAACCCGCUCGAGUUUAAUUUUUGGAAACUUGCGCUUCAUGUUUCUCCGACAAUAGGUGUAUAAUAAGUAAAGGUAAGCAAAAAUACAUUUAAACUGUCCAAGAACGGGUACAUGAUGUCAAUCUCAUGGCGGCCAACUUGGUGGAACUUUAACAAAAGAAUCUCAUUGACAGAUAUUGUAUUUGAACGAAGGGCUUUCUCUCGAAACGUCGAAAUUGACCAUUUGCGUAAUAGACUAAAUUUUGAACUAAACAAGUCUAGACAAAAAUUUCAUCACAGCUUGAAGGAAGAUCACAAAAUUAGUAAUAUUCCAAAGUUUCGUUGCAAAAUGUUGUAAACUUUGGAAUAUUACUAAUUUUGUGAUGCUCUUUCAAGCUGUAAUGAAAUUUUUUUUGAGAUCAAAAUUUAGUCUAUUACGCAAAUGGUCAAUUCUCCUUAUAUUUUCAGAUACUUGCAUCCCUACCAACGAAAGCUUGUUCAUUUUCCUACCCUACACAGGCAAAGACAGUUCAAUAUUGUAUUUGAAGCGUCUUUUCUGGUGCUCCAACAUGGUCGCCAUGUCUUUGUCUCAUAAAUCUCAAGGGAUUGCAACUCAUCCGAUAGCAAAACAAUUGCAGGUUUUCCUGUUAAAUUUUAUCUUACACUGCUCUCAGAUACUAUGAUCUUGAAAAAUGGGAAGCGAAGCGACAAAAGAAGAAUGAAUUAAAAGUGCUGAAGAAAGCAAGAGAAACAUCGUUCUCAAUUGUUGAUGAUGAGAAACGACAUGAACUGCUUCACCGUAGGGUGGACACGAACAAAUAUGGUAUUAUAUUUUUGGUUUUCAAGUUUUAAACACUAGUAGUGGUAGUCUAGUACGCUUUUGGUAUCUAAAGCUAGGACUCAAAUUUCGUUGAUGGUUAGCCAAGCCAAGAGUCAGGACAUUCAUUGGAAAAUAGUGACGAACCCAAGGCGAACCAUGCAACGUCAUUGUGAAAACUUCUCGGGCCAGGUCUGGAAAUGAAGUCACGACUAUAGUGCCGCAAUUCGGUACAAGAGACCUAUAGUAUAGGCCUCUUGUACCAAAUUGCCUCAGACGUGCCAUGAGGCUGCAGAGUCAGAAAAUCUAUUGAUGGCUUAUUAAUCACUGCAUUAUCUUUUAUACUUUAGCCGGACCAAGUCGCCAACAGCUUCUGGAAAUGCAACAAGAGUUGAGACGAAGACAAGAUGAAGAAUACAAAAAGAAAGCUGGACUUGCAUAAACAUUGUCUUUAUUCCAACUUCUGUCUUCACAGACGUUCUUCGAGCUACUGUAGUUUGUACUACUACAAGGACACAGGCUGCCAAGAGUAGGAGACCCAACUGGUUCUGGGUUCAACGAUCCUUAUAAGGAAAGAAGCAGGGCCCGAGACUUCAUACCAGAUCUUAUAGGUUAAAUUGCGGGUUUUAAUACAACAGAACGUAUUUGUAAUGUAUAGUACAUACUAACGUGGACCAAUGAUAUUGAACGUACGUGAGAAUACAGAAAAUAUAUCAAAAGCGUGGGUUAUUCUUUUCUUUGAAUAUUUGCAUUUAAUAGUUAUGCUUAAUGUUUGCUUGUACAAGUUACAAAUGAGGAAAUUGUUGACCACCAAGCAGCAACACUUUAUAAAUCCCAGGGACGCAUACCACUGUUAUUAUAUAGAUCAGUGGAGCAUAACCAUAG